AGGUGCAGGUUGUACUCUACAUCGUGGAACAGACCUCGUCAGGUCAUGAUGUUGACACAAUGCUCUGGUCACUCUCGCAGUGCUCAGGCCUUUCCAAUUCCUGAAAGCCUCUUCGAGGAGGCUACUGUGCAACCUUAUGUUCACAACUGCUUUGUCACUGUGCACGAAGGGAGACACACCUAUCGAUUCUGCAUAUUCUUCAAACGACAUCUCCAUCUUAGAGCCAACUCACUCCUCAGCAGUGGUGAUCAUCAGUUCCGAGGUGACGUAGUAGUU